AUGGCAUCGAUUUUGCGUGUGUUUCUGCAUGUAUGGUCCAUACUAGCACAAUUUAUAUUUGGUGCAGUUGGUACUGAAUUCAAAGACUGUGGAUCAAGUGCAGCAGUUAUAAGUACUUUUGAAGUGUCUGGUUGUCCUAAAGGCCCAUGUCUCUUUAAAAGGAAUACAAAUGUAACACUGACUGUUCAACUGACACCAAAUGCAGAUAUCAAAAGUGCCACUACAAGUAUAUAUGGAUAUAUUGGUUCAAUUAAAACGCCUUUCAUACUUCACAAGGAUGCAUGCGUUAAAAGUAUAAAAUGUCCCAUUGAAAAAGGAGUACUAACAACUUUUACAGAUACCAUUUAUGUUGAAUCAGCGUAUCCUAAGAUGCGUUUAGUUGCAGAUUUAGAAGUGAAAACGGAUGAUGGAAAAUUGUUGAUCUGUACCGAAUUUCCAGCCGAAAUAACGGACUAAUAAUAGACUAUUAAAUGACAUUUAUUUAUUGUAAUCAUUUUACACAAUUAAUGUAGAACAGAUUACCAAUUUUACUAUGGUAUAUUUACAGUGAUAUAUUGUUUUAGAAUAAAAUAUGUUU